AUGUUGUACCUGUACUUUAUUGGGCUUGGGUUAGUAGGUGCAAAGGACAUCACCGUAAAGGGAUUAGAAAUUGUAAAGCAAUGAAUUUGUGUCUACUAGGAAGCGUACACGUCCACAUUGACAGUUGCACUGGAGGACUAUGGACGGAAGCUGAUACUGGCCGACGGGGACAUGGUGAAACAGAAGGCUGAUUAGCUCCUGAAAGAGUCUGAGGUCAGUGAGGUGGAAUGUCUUGUGGUAGGAGAUCCAUUUGCCUCCACCACCCACAGUGACAUGGUCCUGAGAGAAGUGAAUGCUGGAAUACAAUGCAGGGUCAUCCAUAAUGCCUCCAUGAACGCAGUUGAAUGCUGUGGCCUCCAGCUGUAGAACUUUGGAGAGACUGUGUCCAUUGUGUUCUGGACAGACACCUGGAGACCGGAAACAUUCUAUGAUGAAACCAAGUAGAACAGGGACUUAGGGAUGCACACACUAUGCCUGAUUGCCAUUAGUGAGGAGAAGAUGUGUGGUCUCGCCAGGGUGGGAGCCGAGGACCAGGCCAUCCAAGACGGCAUCUUGUGA